GGGGGGGAAAGUGUCCGGACUGUAAGGGGGAGAAAGUGUCCGGACUGUAAGGGGGGGAAAGUAUCCGGACUGGAAGGGGGUGAAAGUGUCCGGACUGGAAGGGGGGAAAGUGUCCGGACUGGAAGGGGGGUGAAAGUGUCCGGACUGGAAGGGGGUGAAAGUGUCUGGACUGGAAGGGGGGGAAAGUGUCCGGACUGGAAGGGGGGAAAGUGUCCGGACUGGAAGGGGGGAAAAGUGUCCGACUGGAAGGGGGGGAAGUGUCCGGACUGGAAGGGGGGGGAAAGUGUCCGGACUGGAAGGGGG